AAUUUUUUUUUUAUUGCAGGGUUGUUGCAAUGACUUUUUUCAAUUUUCCCCUUGUUUCUUACACUUUUUUCUCUAUAAAUUUUCACCAAUUCUUCUCUUUCAAUCACCCCACUUCAUUGCGUUUCCCUUCUUUAUUCUCCUUUUUUGCGUUUGAGGUUUUCUGAUCAUAAGCUAUGGCUGAACGUGUUAUCACUCGCGUUCACAGCAUCCGUGAACGUUUGGAUGAGACUCUUUCUGCUCACCGCAAUGAAAUUGUGGCCUUACUCUCAAGGAUUGAAGGCAAGGGAAAAGGAAUUCUUCAGCAUCACCAGAUCAUUGCUGAAUUUGAAGCAAUCCCUGAAGAGAACAGAAAGAAACUAUUGGAUGGUGCAUUUGGGGAAGUUUUGAGAUCUGCACAGGAAGCAAUUGUCUUGCCUCCUUGGGUUGCUCUUGCUGUGCGCCCAAGGCCUGGUGUUUGGGAGUACAUUAGAGUGAAUGUGCAUGCACUCGUUGUUGAGGAGCUGCGUGUUGCCGAGUAUCUGCACUUCAAGGAGGAACUUGUUGAUGGAAGUGUCAAUGGCAACUUUGUGCUAGAGUUGGAUUUCGAACCAUUCAAUGCAUCUUUUCCUCGCCCAACUCUCUCAAAGUACAUUGGUAAUGGUGUGGAGUUCCUUAAUCGUCACCUUUCCGCAAAAUUGUUCCAUGACAAGGAGAGCUUGCAUCCUCUGCUUGAAUUUCUGAAAGUCCACUGCCACAAGGGAAAGAACAUGAUGCUGAAUGACAGAAUUCAUAACUUGAAUUCUUUGCAAUAUGUUCUGAGGAAGGCAGAGGAGUAUCUCACUGCAUUGUCACCCGAUACUCCCUACUCUCAGUUCGAGCACAGGUUCCAGGAAAUUGGCCUGGAGAGAGGUUGGGGUGAUACCGCUGAGCGUGUUCUAGAGAUGAUCCGGCUUCUUUUGGAUCUUCUUGAGGCACCAGACCCCUGCACUCUUGAAACAUUCUUGGGAAGAAUCCCAAUGGUGUUCAAUGUUGUGAUCAUGUCUCCUCAUGGAUACUUCGCCCAAGACAAUGUUUUGGGGUAUCCUGACACUGGAGGCCAGGUUGUUUAUAUCUUGGAUCAAGUCCGUGCCUUAGAAACAGAAAUGCUUCAACGUAUAAAGCAGCAGGGACUUGAUAUCACCCCCCGCAUUCUCAUUAUCACUCGACUUCUUCCUGAUGCAGUAGGAACCACUUGCGGUCAACGUCUAGAAAAAGUAUUUGGAACAGAGCAUUCAGAUAUCCUUCGUGUUCCUUUCCGAAAUGAGAAGGGAAUUGUUCGUAAAUGGAUCUCACGAUUUGAAGUGUGGCCAUAUCUAGAGACCUACACUGAGGAUGUUGCCACCGAAAUUGGCAAGGAGUUACAAGGAAAGCCUGAUCUGAUCAUUGGAAAUUACAGUGAUGGAAACAUUGUUGCCUCUUUGUUAGCACACAAAUUAGGUGUUACAGAGUGUACCAUUGCUCAUGCUCUCGAGAAAACAAAAUAUCCAGACUCAGACAUCUACUGGAAGAAGUUCGAUGAGAAGUACCACUUUUCAUGCCAGUUUACUGCUGAUCUUAUAGCAAUGAAUCAUACAGAUUUCAUCAUCACCAGCACAUUCCAAGAAAUUGCUGGAAGCAAGGACACUGUUGGUCAAUAUGAGAGCCACACAGCUUUCACCCUUCCCGGCCUAUACCGAGUUGUUCAUGGUAUUGAUGUCUUUGAUCCCAAAUUCAACAUUGUCUCCCCUGGUGCUGACGAGAGCAUAUACUUUGCCUACACGGAGGAGAAACGUAGGUUGACCUCUUUCCAUCCAGAAAUUGAGGAGCUUCUCUACAGCCCUGUUGAAAACGAAGAACACUUAUGUGUGCUAAAGGAUCGCAACAAGCCGAUUAUAUUCACCAUGGCAAGACUGGACAGAGUUAAGAAUUUAUCUGGCCUUGUAGAAUGGUACGGAAAGAAUGCCAAGCUUCGUGAAUUGGCUAACCUUGUAGUAGUUGGUGGUGAUAGAAGAAAAGAGUCUAAAGAUUUGGAAGAGCAAGCUGAGAUGAAGAAAAUGCAUAGUCUUAUUGAGAAAUACAAUCUGAAUGGCCAGUUCAGAUGGAUUUCUUCCCAGAUGAACCGAGUGAGGAAUGGAGAGCUCUACCGUUGCAUUUGCGACACCAAGGGUGUUUUCGUGCAGCCAGCUCUAUACGAAGCUUUUGGUCUGACUGUUGUUGAGGCCAUGACCUGUGGUUUACCAACGUUCGCUACUUGCAAUGGUGGACCUGCUGAGAUUAUUGUGCAUGGAAAAUCCGGCUUCAACAUUGAUCCUUACCAUGGUGAUCAGGCUGCUGAACUCCUUGUUGAGUUCUUCGAGAAGUGCAAGGCCGAUCCACCUCACUGGGACAAGAUAUCCCAGGGAGCCAUGCAACGUAUCCAAGAGAAGUAUACUUGGCAAAUCUACUCUCAGAGGCUAUUGACUCUCACUGGUGUAUAUGGCUUCUGGAAACAUGUCUCUAAGCUUGAUCGUCGCGAAAGCCGGCGCUACCUUGAAAUGUUCUAUGCUCUCAAGUACCGCAAAUUGGCUGAAUCUGUUCCUCUAACUGUUGAGGAUUAAGUGGUGAGCUACGUAAUUCAAGAGAGCUGAAGGUUCAAGCGGGAAGUUUCGGAGUUGUGAAGCAUAAUAAUGGUCAUUUUACUGUUGUGAUCGGACGAAGAAGGAAUUCCCAUUGCUUCAUUUUGCUCUUUUCUUCUUUUUUUUGUUUUUUGGUUUUUUUUCCCUUCACCUUUCUGCGGCAUUGUUUGAACUUUGGCUGUUGAGCCCUUUUCAUCAAUUGCAGUAAAGAUUGUCUGUUUUUUGCUUCA